GAGGGAGGUUGGAGGAGAGAGGGGGGACGGGAGGCUGCGGGGCCCCGGCACCGGUGUCGCCCGUCGGGAGGUAGCGGCCGGCAAACGGGCUCCGGACGAUGCGCCGGCUGGAGACGUCGGUGGAAAAGGUACAGAGCGCUGUGCCGGCGUCCGAGGAACCCAAAUCUGGAAUUUCAACGGGGAAAAAUAGAUUUAGCUAAGCCCAGGUGGAGAUGGGUUUUAAACAGAGCGAAAUUUGUACAACAGCGAGCGGCUGUAGGGCUUCUGAGUGGUGCAUGAUACGGCAAAGACUUGACACCCGACAAAAUGUCUCUAAAAACGGGCUUCUUUCUUAUCAAACUUCCUUAUUUUGUUUCUGACAAAGCAACCAUAGAGUGUUACUAGAAGUGUUGAAAGCGGGGUACUGCGGGCCUGAUGACCAACUCAUUGCUGAUCACUUCUUGUGUGUGCCAACAUUCAUUUAAUUUUCUUCUUUACUGCCGUACUGCUUAAAUUUUGUGCUGGUUGAAGUGAUGUUAUCGGGGCCAAAACUGAGCAAUACUUUUGUUAAGCUGCACUGACUCUACCAGAUGUGGCAAACGGAGUCUCAGUUUGGCCAGAUAGCGUGAUACAUUGUAAAAUACUUCCAUUUUAAAACAAAAUUGUUCCUUUUAAGGGAAUGAUCUGCUCCUGAUUUAUUUACUUUUUAAUGUUCUUUUCUGUUGAGCGUCUUUCAUGCUCUUUUUGUCCGAAGAAGCUUAGGUCUCCUGACACUUUGGGCUGAAUCUGCCGCCUAAUCCAUGGGCACAGCCAUCCGGUGCAGAGCCAGUAUCAGCAUCUGAAGCUGCGUAUUUUUACAGGCGUGGAGGCCAUAAACUACAGCAGAGUGCAGCACAUUGAGGCAGCCCACUUAGAGGAACUGUGACUUUUUUUUUUUUUUUAUCCCUCUGUUGAGCAUUGAGCGAUAGACAGACAAAUAAGGAAGUUUGAAUGUUCUUUAUAUUCUAACAGUUUUCCUGUGGGGGAGAAAGAUUAUGGUUUGGUGAAGACAAAAUAGUUUGAACUGAAGGGUUUGGAAUCAGUUAACAUGCCCACAAAAGACUGAAGUAGGUAGAGGUAUUAAACAUUAAGUUGGCGUCUUAGAAAGAAAAAAAAAAUCAUGGCUUCCAGCACGACUAACCCAGCUAACCAUUUGCCAUACUUCUUUGGCAAUAUUACACGUGAGGAAGCUGAGGAGUAUCUGAUGCAAGGAGGUGUGAGUGAUGGACUAUAUCUGCUUCGCCAAAGUCGGAAUUACCUUGGAGGCUUUGCCUUAUCCUUGGCCCAUGGAAGGAAGGUUCAUCAUUAUACAAUUGAGAGGGAGCUGAGUGGCACAUAUGCUAUUGCAGGAGGGAAGUCUCAUGCAAGUCCUGCUGAACUAAUUAACUAUCAUUCAGAGGAAGCGGAUGGCCUAAUCUGUCUACUGAGAAAACCUUUCAACCGACCACCAGGCAUUGAACCCAAAACAGGGCCCUUUGAAGAUUUAAAAGAGAACCUCAUCAGAGAGUACGUCAAACAAACUUGGAAUUUGCAGGGUCAUGCUCUUGAACAAGCUAUCAUAAGUCAAAAACCUCAGCUGGAGAAAUUGAUUGCUACUACAGCCCAUGAGAAGAUGCCUUGGUUCCAUGGGAGGAUUUCUCGGGAAGAAUCAGAGCACCGUAUCCUCAUUGGGUCAAGAAACAAUGGAAAAUUUUUAAUUCGAGAAAGGGACAGCAAUGGUUCCUAUGCCCUGUGUCUGCUCAACGAUGGAAAAGUACUGCAUUACCGUAUUGACAGAGAUAAGACAGGAAAGCUCUCCAUACCAGAUGGAAAAAGAUUUGACACCCUCUGGCAGUUAGUUGAGCAUUAUUCAUACAAACCAGAUGGAUUAUUAAGGGUUCUUACCAUUCCCUGUCCACGACUUGGCUUAGAAAGUGAUAAUGUUGUUUUUGACACUCGGCCUCUUCCUGGAACCCCUUCAAAGAGUUGGGCAAGAGGUGGAAUUAUCUCAAGACUCAAAUCGUACACCUUUCCAAAGGCUGGCAGCAAAAAGCUUCAGCCACCUAUUGGCUCCCCAUCUGAUGACCAAGCAGCUUUUAAUCCUUACGUGCUACAAAGGACAAGAGGUCUUAUAGGAGCAGAGAAAGGUGAUCAGAGAGAGGCCUUACCCAUGGACACCGAGGUCUACGAAAGCCCAUACGCUGAUCCAGAUGAAAUGAAACCAAAAAAUGUCACUCUUGACAGGAAAUUGUUAACCCUGGAGGAAGGAGAACUUGGCUCUGGCAACUUUGGUACUGUAAAGAAAGGGUUCUAUAAGAUGAAAAAGGGUGCCAAGCCAGUGGCUGUAAAAAUUCUUAAGAAUGAGAGUAAUGAUCCAGCCAUAAAGGAUGAAUUACUGAGAGAAGCAAAUGUAAUGCAGCAACUGGAUAACCCAUAUAUUGUCCGAAUGAUAGGCAUAUGUGAAGCUGAGGCCUGGAUGUUAGUAAUGGAAAUGGCUGAACUUGGGCCACUGAACAAAUUUUUGCAAAAAAAUAGACAUGUCACGGAAAAGAAUAUAACAGAGCUGGUACAUCAGGUUUCCAUGGGGAUGAAAUACCUGGAGGAGAAUAACUUUGUGCAUAGGGAUCUGGCUGCAAGGAACGUGCUAUUAGUCACCCAACAUUAUGCCAAAAUCAGUGACUUUGGACUUUCUAAGGCUCUUAGCGCUGAUGAAAAUUAUUACAAGGCACAAAGUCAUGGAAAAUGGCCAGUCAAGUGGUAUGCUCCAGAAUGUAUGAAUUUCUACAAGUUUUCUAGCAAAAGUGAUGUCUGGAGCUUUGGGGUUUUAAUGUGGGAAGCUUUCUCUUAUGGGCAAAAACCAUAUAAGGGUAUGAAAGGUGGUGAAGUCGCACAGAUGAUUGAAAGAGGAGAACGAAUGGAACGGCCUGAAGCUUGUCCAACAGAAGUCUAUAACUUAAUGAAAUUGUGUUGGACAUACAAUGUUGAUGACCGACCAGGAUUCGUUGCGGUUGAGCUGAGAUUACGUAACUACUAUUACGACAUUUCCCACUAACAACAUUAAGAACAGCAGCUGCCUUGUCUUCAGCAAACAUCUUCUAAGAAGCAGUUCAGUUUCCGAAACCAAGUGACUUGGAUUUUUGUACUUCCACUUUCACCAUAUAAAGCUCGGAGCUAAGCCCUGUUUGUAGGUUUGCCUUUUCUUUCUUGCUUGCAGAAUAGCAAGGUCCAAAAUAAAGUUGAAAACAUUGGAAUACAAAGUGAGCAGCACGAAUAUAAGUGCGGAUGCUUAGACUUUUGCUACCUUCCAUUUCAUUUUAUUUACAGCUUUAUAGGCUUUACAUUUUUCUGUCAUGUAAAAGUAUUUAAAGUUUUUCAGCCCUCUUCCUGUAUUGUAUUUGAGUUCAGAUGGGGAUUUAAAUUCUUGUAAAUAAUUUUUUUAGCUCUUAAAUAAACCAAGUAUUGUUCCAGUUUUCCCCCUACCUGAGGAAGAAUAGCGUAAGCACUUCUCACAGUGAAGGAAAUUUGCUGUGAAAGUGUCAGUCAUUUUGACUGACAGUGUGUUUGAUUUUACCCCCAAGCUGCUUUAUAACCAAAUUGUGUUCUCAGUAAUAAUGUAAGCAGCAAGAUACUGGGAGAUGAGAAUUUCUAACACGUGGAAAGAGGAAUCAUCAGCUCUUAACCUUUAAGUGUUACCAGCUCCUCUCUUUCCUCACCUCAUGUGGAAGCCCAGCUGUCCAUCAGGGUGUUAUUUUUUUUCCUGGUGGAACCUGGGAACUCAGGGACUUGCUCUCACCUUGGGACAAAGUGUAUCAGCACCUUAGACAAUGACUCUGGGUUUUAGCCUGAAGUCCAUAAGUGCAGUUCCUGAAAAGGCAGCUGUGCAUUGAAAGGUGAAGGAGCAACAACUUUUUCCUUUGUGUGGUCUGAGCCUUCUCUAGAGAUAUCUUUUCCAUGUACCUCUUUGGAUAUACCAAAGCUUCUUGUGUUUUGUUGAGUGACAACCAUUUCUUUUUUCAAACCUUUCUUGAAAAGCAUUUGUGAGAAUUCACCACAGCUUAUAACCUCUGAAGCUAAGUUUCAGUCCCAGAUCAAAUGUUUUAAAAUAGGCUUAAGGAUAUCCAGUUUACUUUCAUCCUUUCCUAAAUGUUAGUAUUUAUCCUGUUAUUAAUGUUAGUGAGCAUCUCAGGAAAAGGUGUUUGUCGUACCAUUUUUUUUAAUGGCCCAAGCAGGGUUUCCAGUACUGUGUGUGUAUAGCAAUGAUAAUUACAAAUUAUGUAGCCAAUCUCUAUUCCCAUUUUUUACCUUUAUGUGUUUUUUAUCCAAUCUCAUUUUAAAUAUUCUAGAAGUCAAAAUUUCUGCUUGUGCGUUCCCCACAAGCAGGCACAUUACAGGCACUUAUGUGUAUCUCAGGAUUCUACUAGAUAUAGAGAUUUUAGAAGAAUAUGAAAAAUAAGAUUUAGAGUUAGAUAUACUUGUUGCAUACAGCUGUUUAGAGCAUAUGUUUUUAAUUGUUUGAACAGGGUACUCUUAGAGAUGCAGUGAUUUUUUUUUUUCCCUAAGAAAGAAAUUGUGUGGGCAAUUACAAUGAGAAAGUGUGAAAAAAUAUGCAUAAAAUAUGACUAUAAAAAUGUGGGAUUUACUGUAAAACUAUUUGUUUCUUUAUACUCAUUUUAUGGUGUAUUUAAAAAAAAAAAAAAAAAGCCUAGUGAUUUUGGUAGUUUCAUUUUGGGGAAUCCAGUGCCAGAAACUUCAGAAAGCACAUGCUACUGAAAGAUACUGAGUGCAAUAGGCCAUGUUUCAAAUGUGAGUCAAACAUGACUUAUAUUCAAGAUAAUUUUUUUAUUAUUACUUUUAGUAAACAUUUUUUCUACAUGGACAGCUUGCGUAGAUGUUGCCCAUAGUUAUAUAUAGUUGUUUUUUAGCAUUAUCCCUAUUGCAGAGAAACUGUCAGCUUUAUAUGUGCAAUUAGUACAUUCAUGGGGAUAUCAGUCAUAAAUCAAUUGCACAAAUCAAAAACAAUUGCACAGCCAGUGAGUGACAGCACUCUAUUUCCCUGCAAUAUAUAUGUAUAUAUGUUUUUAAAAAUGUUACCUAGUAGUAGAAAACUGGAGGAAUAGUUCUUCCCCUCUCUUCUGAGUGAAUGUCUCUUUUGGUGUUGCUUGAUUGUUUUUAGCUUCACUGUUCUGUAAUAAAAGUUUACAAUGAGGAUAUGAAGUAUUUUGAAAUAACUGGAUUAGGUUUUUAAACUGAGAUUAAAGACAUUGUUUUAG